AUGGCACUGGUGAAAUUUUUCACGUGGUCCAAGAAACCUACCAUCAAAAUCCCUCGGAGUCAGAACAAUGCUGUAGCAAAUGAAUUGGAUGACCUCAACAAGCCUCUCAAGUUCCCAGAUUCACCUGUACCUGCUGUCGACGACAACGAGAAGAUGGGGCACCUUUCCAAGGCUGUCUGUGCUUCAAGUUCUCAUAAGAGAAAGCAAGCUAGAAAAGGGUUGCAAAAGCCUUCUGGGAAGAAGCAGAAGCUGCAUGACAUCCUGUGUGAUGACAUUGGUGAGAUUGAUCAGCCACUGCUCGGAAUGUUGAAGAAAACAUCAGCUGCUCGAGGAAAGCAAGUCCAGGAGCAAAGCAUUUCACCCAGCAAUGCCGGUGAUGGCUCAGUAGAUGAAGAUGCUGAUGUACCAUGGAAAUUCAUGGUCUAUGUUCAGGUGUGGUCCGCAUCCACAACUACUGACAAAAAGACGGGCAAAACAUCGAAGGGACCCCCAGCAACAAUCACCAAAGGCCCUUUCAAGUCCGACACGGCACAAACCUUUCAGAAGUUCAAAAACGAAAUUGCCAAAGUCUUACCAUGUCGACCCACGAUGUUACCAGUCUCAAAAUUUGAGUGGAAGUUUGAGAAUCAGGCUCAAAAUGCUCCUUGCAAGAAGAUUGCCGACGAAGCUGGUUUCAAGGCUUUGACUGAUGCUAUCAGAGUGAAGCGGACCAAUGACAAUGUUGUUGUUUGGUUAUAUACUCCAAAGCCUGCAAAGGAAGAAGAG